UUUUUACGUUGGCAUUUGUAUUAUUCGUUGAAAUUGAAAGUUCAUAAGGUUAUCGCAUUGGCAACUAGUGGCCAUCCGCGGUUACUCAGGAACUGAAAUACACUCAAUAUCUUUGUUUUUCUUCUCAGAACGAGUUACUCAUUAAUAAACUUAUCAGAAUCUUUUCAAUUAAUUAAUUAUUCUUGUUUAUUAUAAAAGUUUAAUGGUUAUAUGUUUUCAGUGGGUGGCUGGUGACUCAUUCACGUGUAUUAAUUUGUUUAAAUAUAUCUAUACUGAUAUACUAAAGAGGAAACAUUUUUUUCUUUUUAACCGACUACCCAAAAAAGGAGGAGGUUCUCAAUUCGACCGAAUAAUCGGGAUGACAGGAUGAAGACAUUGCUACUACUCCUCACAAUAACAGUUUUGACCCACUCUAGAAUAGAAGUCCAAAUCACAGCUGCCGAUAACAAAACCGGCACAAUACUGCAGGUCUACGGAUCCAAUGAGAACAUAGUAAACAACCGGGAUAUAAUCUAUUUUAACUUGACGAAGGAAUGUUUGAAAGCAGCCGUUAAUUCCUAUUUCGGAGCGAAGCCUGAAGAUGUAUUUCUCAAUAACCCAACCCCCUUUGGCGAUUUGUACACCGAUCAUAAAUGGAACCCAGUCACGAAGAUCAUUAAACCUGAGAAAGCUCAAAUAUUGGAUCUCAGUUAUUUUCCCUUUGUGAUAAACAAUGAGCUAUUUAACAACACCGCCUCAGCACCUACAACUGCUAUGACGCAAAUUGGGGUACCCCUUCAAGAGGAUGUAAUGUCGUUUUGGGAGACACCUGCCGAAAUUUUUACUGAAGACAUCAAGUACACUUUUAAGGUAAAAUCAAGUUCCAUUCCUGUCAAGUCUUCGUUUUCCUACAUUUCAAAAAUGGGCGAAAAUGUUUUGAAUUCUCGUUCGGUUUUCAUUGGGUCCGAAACUGGUAUGGUGGUGUCUUUGGAACCAAAUCAAGCGGUGCUUGUGGAGCUGGUGGCUUCCAAAGGCACGCUGAAAGCCAAACUGGAUUAUAAAACCAUUUUAUCUGGAUCCGUAGCUGUGAACUACGCUAAUCGGUAUAAGGAUCAUUAUAUCUGGUCGUUAGAUAUCAACAAGGUUUUGGAAGCUGGUGGUAUGAAUUUUACUACAGUAACUUCAGAAGUAAUAGAUUUUACUUUUUAUGUAAAUUCUAAAGUGAAUAUUCGUGAUUUUCAUAGUAAUGUAGUUUUGUCGACUGUGCCUUUGCUUGUGUUCUGAUCUGUGAAAUUAAAAGUUAAAAAAUCAUAGUAACUGUGUUU